AUGUCAAUUACUUUUAUGAAGAUGAAAAAGGAGCGUUUUACUUUACUUUUAAUCAUGGUGUUCGUUUUGUUUAUUUCGAUUAAAUGUGUUUCAGCUCAAUCAAUUCCUGAUAUUUCAACUGAUAUUUCAACGGAUACUUCAAUAACUCCAACUCCAGAUAUUUCAACGGAUACUUCAACAACUCCAACUCAAACUGAUAUUUCAACGGAUACUUCAACAACUCCAACUCCAACUGAUAUUUCAACGGAUACUUCAACAACUCCAACUCCAACUGAUAUUUCAACGGAUACUUCAACAACUCCAACUGAUAUUUCAACAGAUACUUCAACAACUCCAACUCCAACUGAUAUUUCAACGGAUACUUCAAUAACUCCAACUCCAGAUAUUUCAACAACUUCAACUCCAACUCCAACUGAUGUUUCAACGGAUACUUCAACAACUCCAGAUUCAACUAAAUCAACCACUGCAUCUAUGUCAUCAAAAAAUACUACUGAUUCUACUACUUCUUAUUCUAUUCCGACAGAAACAACCACCACUGCUAGCUUUUCUUGUCACUCAUGUAAAGUUGAUACUUCAGUGAAUACCUCUGUCACGGGUGAAUGUUUUACAACAACCGAACCAGAUCCACAAUCGGAAUCGGGAAGUAUACAUUCGACCACCACUUUCUAUACUACGACCACGAUAAUUUAUCCAGGUUAUACUACAACUUAUAUGAUAACUACAAAUGGAAUAGCAACUCCAACUGAAGAAUAUAUUCCUCCAAGUACCCAGAUUAUCGUUAGAAAGGUUACUGCAGAAGCUGUUGUAGAAAUUGUUGGUGAUGCUACUGCUACUUCUACUCUUUCUUCUAAUGCUGGCAAUUCAAUUAACAAUAUAUGGAAAGAUAAUUUAAAUCUAGAAUGUUCUAUUGAAUAUGUUGACGGAAAGCCCUUGUAUAAUAUCCAAUUUGGUGAAAAUAUGGAAUAUAAUGUUUGCUCAACAAAUUCUUCAACAGGAGCCGGAAAUAAAUAUAUUACGGCGUUACUUAUGCUUGAAAAAAAUAAAACUCUAACAGAAGAAGAUAUCAAAAAAAUUAAUAAAGAUGUAACAACCUCAAGUAAAAUAUCAGCAAGACAGGUGUAUGAUGAAGUUGAACAAAACAAAGAGAAUUUAUUUUAUUUGAAAGAUAAUAUUCGUAUUAAACAGGUUAGAUUUGAAAUUAAUGAAAAAAAUUAUGAUAUUAAUUAUGGAAAAUUUGACAAGGAUAAUGAUACAAAAUUGAAACAUGCAGUAGUUAAAUCUUUAGAUCGUGGAAGGGUUUCAAGAGAUGCAUAUAGAUCAUUAGCAGAUAUUAAUCAACAUUUACCAUAUUAUAUUGGAAAAGGUGGACAAAGAAGAAUUACAGAUAUUUUAAAUUAUAUUGUUCCCAAAUAUAUUGAACAAGGAAGAAAAGUCAAACAUGUUAUGAUUACAGUAGCAUUACUUAAUGAUAUAGAAAGAUUACGUAAACCAGAAUCUCAUCAUACAUUAGUCUUAUAUCCUGGCUCUGAAAAACUUUAUUUCAGUUCUGAUUGGAAAUUUUUAGCUACUUGUUUAGGAAUAAAUGCAGCAAAUUCGAAUUAUUUUUGUUCAUGGUGUUUAUGUAAUAAAAAUGAUGAAGGAAAAUUAGAUAGUAAUGGAAAAUUAAUUGGAAAUUGGACAAUUACAAAAAAUAUUUCUAAUAUUAAACAAAACUUUUUACAAAUUCAAGGACAUAUCCAUAGACUUUUUGAACUUUUUCUUUCUGAUCUUAAACGAAAUGGUGAAUUAGGACAAAUAAUUCAACAGCAAAUUAUAAUGGAAAUGAAAAGAUUAAAAAUUAAUUUUCAAUUUUGGUCUGAAAAAAAUUCAAAUAAAUUAUCUUAUAUUUCUAUGAUGGAUCCAGAUAAGCUUAAAGUCUUACAUGAAUUUAAUUUUGCUUCUAUUAAUGUAAAUUAUUUAUCAAAAGAAAAACAACAACAACUUCAAAAAUUAUGGAAUGGUUUUGAUGAACUUUUUAAUCUUUUGCAUAGAAAAAAUAUUACUGAAUCAUAUUUUCAGCAAAAAGCAAUUCAAUGGUUAGAAUAUUUUCUUAUACCAUCAAAAGGUCAUCCAUAUCAGAAUUUUAUCAGAGGUUUAUAUAGGCCUACAGACUGUACACCAUAUAUGCAUGUUUUAGUCUAUCAUGUUCCAGAAUUUUUAAAUCUUCAUCAAGAUUUAG